ACACGCGCAGCCGGCGCCAGUCCUCUGUCGCCGGGCCGACGAGCAGCUGGCCUCGCCGGUGCCCGCGCCUCUCCUCGGAACAGAGAUGUCGUCACCGUUGCCGUUCCCCUGGGACCCGGAGUCUCUCGAUCCGGAGACCCUGAAGCGCGUGACGGACGCCUUCCCAAACCACAAGGAGAGUGGCAUGGCCUAUUUCGGGCCGUCACGCUGCCUGGCCGUACCAGACUCGAAGCCGUUCUUCGAGGAGUACUACAAUACGCCGCUGCACUCGGGAGAUACCUGGGUCGUGACGCUGCCCAAAUGCGGGACCACGUGGACGCAGGAGCUGGUGUGGCUGCUACAGAACGACUGCGAUUUUGAGGGCGCCAAAACCAUGCUGAUGCCCGACCGCUGGCACUUCCUCGAACCCGCGGGAAUUACGGAGAAGGGAAUGCGCGAGAUGGUCAGCAAGGGCGACGACCAGCCCAUGAAGCGACUUCUGUGCGAGCCGAUCGUGUCGCGGCCGCAGCCCUGGUUUGUCAAGACUCACCUACCGCUGCACAUGUGCCCGCCCAAACUGCUCGACACGUGCAAGGUGGUGUACGUGGCGCGUAACCCGAAGGAUGUAUGUAUAUCGUACUUCUGCUUCCUUGGCCUGUACAACGAGACUUCCAAGGACCUUACCCUCGAGCAGUUUGUCGAUCUCUUCAUUGAGGGCAACGUCUUACAGCUACCCUUCUUCCCACACGUUCUAGAGGCCUGGCGGCAGCGCAACCACCCAAACAUGCUGUUCCUUUUCUUUGAGGAUCUUAAGAAGGACCUCCGUGGAAGUAUCAUGAAAGUUGCCAGCUUCCUUGGCAAGAACCCAACCGAGGAAAAUCUGGACAAGCUGGAGGACCAUCUGCACUUUAGAAACUUCAAGAAUAACCCUUGGGUGAACUGGGAGUGGCUGACGAAGACUGUCUGUAACAGCGACGACCCGAACAAGAGCUUUAUGAGGAAAGGGCAAACUGGAGACUGGAAGAACCACUUCACGCCAGAAAUGGACAAGAAGAUGGAAGCGUGGAUAAAAAAGGAACUGGAAGGCACUGAGCUCACAUUUGUCAUGGAAAUUCCGGAAGGUGGAAAGUAACUUGACACAUUUCUCUCAAAGGGUCAACGAUAUUCGUCUUAAGUUGAUCGCGAGCCAACCAGACAAGAUGCCCAAACCGGCAAAAAUGCGUUGUUGUCUGAUCAUAUCUCCUGGUUCAUUGUCAUCUUCUGACGCUGCAACAUUCCGGUCCACUUAAUCGCAUUGACAAUGAACUCCACUAGAACUG